AUGCCUGAGAGGUAUUAUGGUUUCCUUCAUGAAAACGAAGGAGAGUUAAAUCUCUUAAGUGAUUGUAAGGAUAUUGAAGACCCUUCAAAGUACAAUGAGGCAAUGUUAGACAUUGACUCACAAAAAUGGCUUGGAGCCAUGAAAUCCGAAAUGGAUUCUAUGUAUACCAACCAAGUCUGGACUCUAGUUGAUCCACCUCCUGGUAUUGUACCAAUAGGAAAUAAAUGGAUUUUCAAGAGGAAAAUAGGCUCAUAUGGGAAAGUAGAAACCUAUAAGGCAAGGCUAGUAGCAAAUGGCUACAAGUAG